ACUCGUCAGAAAGCUUUUCAUCAAGCUGCGUGCCUGAAUCACAACGACCUCUGGCCUCAGUGCGCCCGCAGAGCGGCCGAUGAAAAGAUGCGUCCUCUAUAGAUACGUUGUGUUUUACAGCACUGAAUAGAAUCCUGCUCCACAGCAUAGGUCUUCAACAGGGGGUCCGCGAAGGUACUGCAGUACAUUUCCAGAAGACCCUUGGUCUACAGCAAAAAAAAAAGAAAAAAAAAAACUAGCAUGCUUGCAGCCUGAGCGACAGAAAAGCAUGUCACUUAUACCUUGCAGUGAGGAGUUUUAGAAAAGGUACAGAGGUAUAGGGUGUGAGGCAGCAAGAGCAGGUAGUCUGAGAAAAACUUUUCUUGGGAGUGACAAGUAGGAGGGUAUUUUGUGAGAAAGAAAGAGAGAAGGCAGAGAUAUCGGAUAAAUUCACAGAGUGUGGAAAGGGGGAUGGUUCAGGCUGUUGUAAGAGAGCGCGGGGAAGGGAGAGGGAGAGAGACAGAGUUGACAAGAACCAUGGUGAGUGGAGUUAGACCGACUGAGGAGCAAGUGAGACUUUAGCUGUGAUGCUGGAGCGGUGCAGAGGAUGAGCAGCCGCACCUGAAAUCUUCAGAUUCAGCACUGAGAGAGAAGCUUUAGAGAGAUAAAAGCCUGUUUUGGUUUUUUUCCAAAGAAGAAAUUGGAUUUCUCUGUGAUGCAAGUUUGCAGUUCCAUCCUCACGACAUCACAUAAAAACAACUUACACUCGAGUGAAGGAGGAGAGACACAGGCGAGCCCAGCGAGAGGCACAGGUUUUUCUCUUUCCGGUCGUCUUUUGGGGGACGGUGGGAAACUUUUGGACCCUGCGACGUUUUGUUAAUACAGCACAAGAUGCCUGUGAUGAAGGGUCUCCUCGCUCCACAAAACACCUUCCUGGACUCCAUUGCAAACCACUUUGAUGGCACUCACAGUAACUUCCUACUGGGAAAUGCUCAGGGUCGUCAUGGCUACCCCAUCGUCUACUGCUCUGACGGAUUUUGUGAGCUGACCGGUUUUGUUCGGACUGAGGCGAUGCAGAAAACCUGCACGUGCAGCUUCCUUCAUGGAGCGGAGACCAAUGAAAACGUUGUCCAACAGGUGGACAAAGCUCUGGAAGGCCAGCAGGAGUACCAGGGAGAAGUCUGCUUUUAUAAGAAAAAUGGAAAUCCAUUUUGGUGCCUGCUGGAUAUCGUACCAAUUAAAAACGAGAAAGGUGAGGUGGUGCUGUUCCUGUUAUCCUUCAAAGACGUCAGUGAAUCACACGGGAAAAGCUUCCACUAUGCUCAAGGAGAUGGCGCGUCAGAGGUGGCUCACCACAGCAGAAAAAGCAACCAAACACACUUAUCCCAAGCUCGGGAGAGGGGGAGAACUGUCCUGCACCACAUGAGCAACCUUUUCACCCAGAGGGGGAAGAGGAAGCUGACCAAUAGUGUGUUCCAGAAACCAUCCCUGCCCGAGUACAAGGUGGCCGCCGUGAAAAAGUCCCGCUUUAUCCUGCUGCACUACAGCAUCUCCAAGGCCCUGUGGGACUGGCUCAUUCUGCUGGCGACCUUCUACGUGGCCGUCACCGUGCCUUACAACGUCUGCUUUGUUAGCCACGAUGAGGGCGCUGACCGCCAGUCACUUGUCAGCCGUAGCACAAUAGGCAGCGACAUCGCAGUGGAGAUGCUCUUCAUACUUGACAUCAUCCUGAAUUUCCGCACCACCUAUGUGAGUCGGUCAGGUCAGGUAGUGUACGAUGCCCAAUCCAUCUGCCUCCAUUACUGUACUACCUGGUUCUUUGUGGAUCUGAUUGCUGCACUCCCCUUUGACCUCCUCUAUGCUUUCAACAUCACAGUGACUUCCCUGGUGCAUCUCUUGAAGACAGUUCGCCUGCUGCGUUUGCUGCGUCUUUUACAGAAACUGGAUCGUUACUCCCAGUACAGCGCUGUGGUCCUGACUCUGCUCAUGUCUGUUUUCGCUCUGCUGGCUCACUGGAUGGCUUGUGUCUGGUAUGUCAUCGGGCGCAUGGAGAUAGAGAGCAGUGACCCCAUUACCUGGGACAUAGGCUGGCUUCAAGAGCUGGGGAAGCGCUUGGAGACACCUUACAUCAACAGCACCCUGGGGGGUCCCCCCAUGCCUAGCGCCUACAUUGCUUCCCUCUACUUCACCCUCAGUAGUCUUACCAGCGUUGGCUUCGGUAACGUGUGUGCAAACACAGAUGCAGAGAAAAUCUUCUCUAUCUGCAUUAUGCUCAUGGGAGCCCUGAUGCAUGCAGUGGUCUUUGGCAACGUGACAGCCAUCAUCCAGCGCAUGUACUCGCGCCGCUCGCUCUACCACACCCGCAUGAAGGAUCUCAAGGACUUCAUCCGUGUGCAUAGGCUACCCCAGCAGCUGAAGCAGAGGAUGCUGGAGUACUUUCAGGCAACUUGGUCAGUCAACAAUGGCAUCAAUGCCAAUGAGCUGUUGCACGACUUCCCAGAUGAACUACGAGCUGACAUCGCCAUGCAUUUGAACAAAGACAUCUUGCAGCUGCCUGUAUUUGAACGAGCCAGCAGAGGGUGUCUACGUUCCCUCUCCCUGCACAUCAAGACAUCCUUCUGUGCACCAGGGGAGUACCUCAUUCGCCACGGAGAUGCCCUGCAAGCGAAUUAUUUCGUCUGCUCAGGUUCCCUGGAAGUUCUGAAAGAUGGCAUGGUCUUGGCCAUCCUGGGCAAAGGUGACCUUAUAGGGGCUGACCUCCCAGAGCAGGACCAAGUGAUCAAGACCAAUGCAGACGUGAAGGCACUGACCUACUGUGACCUGCAGUACAUCAGCGUUAGGGCUUUGAGAGACGUCCUUGGGCUGUAUCCAGAGUACGGCACUCGGUUCAGCACUGACAUCCACCACAACCUCACCUACAAUUUAAGAGAGGGCAGUGAAACUGAUGGAGUUUCCAUGGACCAUAAACUACCCUAUAUCAUUAAGGCAGACGAUGAAGACUAUACGGACAACAUCAAAUAUGCCCGGCACAAAAGAAUGCCUCUACUACAAGGUAUGGGCAGCCCUGUCCAUCAGCCCAGCCUAAGCACCUUGUUAGGAGAGGAGCUCCGGCACAUCAAUGCACUCCACCUCUGUCGAUCACCUGCUCAGGGAGGUAGAGGUCGCAGCCCUUCUCCUCAGCCUUUCAUCAAUGAGGAGCUGUCUCCAUCUCCUUUGCCUAGUCUCACUGGUGACCCAAGCUUGAACCAUCGGCCUUCCAAGUUACUCAUGCCGUCCUUACCUUGUGUCAGUCCUCUGAACCUGAGCCCCAGGGUGGUGGAUGGAAUUGAGGACAAUGGUCACACAUUUCUAUUUAAUGUAGAGCAGAGUGAAUCAAGGACUAAUACAGACCGGUUACAAGUGAGUGCUAACCUGCUUCUGGAAACAGAUGAAGUAAAAGAGAACAUCAGCAAACUGAACAGAGAGGUGACCAGUUUGAACCAAGAGGUGUCAAACAUGGCCAAGGAGCUCCAUGACAUAAUGCUUUUCCUGCAAUCUCAUAUGACUAUGCUCCACUACACACCUCCAGUUUCUUCAUAUUCUUAUGGUUUACAGAUGGUCCCCAGUCCUAGUGUGACAACUUCCGGUAACUGGCAGCCUCACGUCCCUUUAAACAUAUCCACAGGGCUGCACCUUCAUCAUGAAGCAAUUAACCACUCCGCUAGAAAUGCAUGGGGCUGCAGAGGAAUCCCCUCCCAGGAUAGAGGUCCGACCUUACUACACUCUUCAAGCCCUGUGUCAUCCUGUUUACAUCUGUGCUGCUCUGACAGAGAAGGGGCCGCAACUCAUAGGUUACAGAGCCCAUGUGGCCCCUUUCAAACACCCAGAACAAGUCCAAACUCCCCUUACACGAGCCACUCUCAUGCACAGGGAGGUCCGUCCCUCCUGACCAUUAGUUCUGCAUUCAGUAGCUUCCCAGUAAUUUGUCAGGCCACACCGCUGGUCUACAACACGCCUAUUUCCACAGUAAGUGGCUCCCACCCCUUGUGCUCCACAGUAAAUUCCAGCUACUCCCACCCAUCCUUCAGUGUUCAAGCCAGCACUGAUCCCUCAUAUAAUCAGACCAAGUCCCAGACACCCAUCCAUUCCUCCAUCACUCCCAGUGGCCACCCACAGUAUCACACCACCUUCAGCCCUCUGACCGCCUCAAGAGUCCACACAUCACUAUGCACAGAGUGCAGCCAAGGCCACCAGGGUCCCAUCAGCGGUCCCAGACAGAAUGUCCCAGUAGGAUCCAGUCCUGUUCACCAGACACAAGCCGUAGCAUGUUCUCUGCUGGAGCAGGUCAACAGAGCCUGUGCACCCUCACUGAAUCAUGAGAGAACGGAAAAUAUUGAAUCUUAUGGUACGAGUGGCAGUAUUCUGGACAUGGAAGAAAUACCGCACUAAUGGCAUUGGUGUGUUGUUGCGUUACUGUACGGUUAUGAUGAGAGUAUUGUUCCUUAAAGAAUUUAAUUUGUUGAAACGCUUUCCCCAAACACCUGCUGAAACCUUACUGCCACGUCUCAAUAAAAAAAAUUAAAAUU